AAUAAUAGCUCAAGUGCUGGAUCCAGUACGAGAGGACAGGAUUGGCCUAGUCAUCACUUGCUUUUCUUUCCCAUCAUUAUAUAAUAUAAAUACAGACCAGGUUUCUCUUGUUAUUCGUUACCUACAGGACAAGGUCUCUCUUGUUAGCAAUUAGUUUCUUGCUUCUCUCAUGGCUUCUUCUUUAUUUCUUUAUUUCUUUCUUGGGUUUCUUGUUUUAGCAGGUGAGGUGAUUGCAUUAUCAUCAAGAAAUGAGAGUGACCAUAUGGUGAUGGAUAAAGAAGAGCUUUUAGGAGUUUUUGAGGUUUUUGAUGCUCUUUUAGAUGAUCCUAUUUGGGCUCAACUUCACCCACAACCAUGCACUGACACACCAUGGCCUGGUAUUCAAUGUGAAAUAGCUUUUGAUGAAAAUAAAGACAACCCUCCUGUCUUUCAUGUCACAAAAAUUCAUAUUGGUCCUGAUAUUGUUAACCCUCCAUGUAAAUCUUCUGCUUAUCUAUCAAACUCCUUACAAAAACUACCUUACUUAAAAGUUCUUUCUAUUUUCAACUGUUUUUUAAACUCGCCAGCUAUUCUUUCUCCUACUCUUUUUGAUUCUUUAUCUUCUUUAGAGCAUUUAUCUCUUGGUUCUAACCCAUCUCUCUCUGGGGAUAUACCUUCAAGUUUAGGGCAAAUUACAAGCUUAAGAGUUCUAAGUCUGUCCCAGAAUAAUCUGCUUGGAAAUAUCCCUAAUGAGAUUAGUGGGUUAGUAAAUUUAGAGCAACUGGACCUCAGUUACAAUAAUUUAAGUGGUGAAAUCCCUAAAAGGAUUGAUGGGUUAAAAAGCUUAACCAUUUUGGAUUUAAGCUUUAAUAACCUUGAAGGGCAGGUUCCUCAUUCUUUAGGGCAACUUCAGCUUCUGCAGAAAAUUGAUUUGGGAUCUAACAAUAUUGUUGGAAGAAUACCUCCAGAAUUGGGAAAGCUAAAGAGGUUAGUCUUGCUCGAUUUAAGUCAUAAUUUCAUGAAUGGACCAAUCCCUGAAACUUUCUCAGGUUUGCAGCAGUUACAAUACUUGAUAGCAGACCACAACCCUAUAAAUUCAGGGAUACCCUUGUUUGUGGGGUCACUUAAAAGACUAACAUCGAUGAGUUUGGCAGGUUGUGGUUUAAGAGGCACCAUACCAAAUUCUUUGUCCUCAUUGAAAAAUCUCACUGCCCUUUCUUUAGACAACAACACCCUUAUUGGGACAAUCCCUUCAAGUUUAGGGUUUCUUCCAAAUCUAGACCAAGUAAAUGUGAGCAACAAUAAGCUAAGUGGAGAAUUACUACUUCCUGAAGAGUUUAUUAUUAGACUUGGCAAAAGAUUAGAUGUUAGAGGAAAUAUUGGAUUGUGUACAAGCAAUGGAACUUACAGUAAGAAAAAAAUUUCUCUAUAUUUAAAGACUCCAGUUUGCUCGGGUAAAAUAGACAAUGACGGUCCUGAAGAAAACCCAGAUGAGUCCAAAGGGAUGGAACCUUCUCGGUUCCAUGGAAACAUAAGUUCAAAUGCUGUUCCACCAUGCUUGGAUCAUCAAAAGCUUCUUGUUUUAUGUAUUUUUGUUCUUUCUUUUUGGCUUUUCUUUUUGUAACACUGUAUAUUUUGUAUGACAACUGGCUUUUUCUAUGAAUGCUUGUAAUGGAAAUUUAUGAGUUUUUUCAUGGCUA